AUGAUGCUCGCGGCGCGCAUUGCCCUCACUGCGGUGAGCGUUGCUCAGACACACUCAGAGCUGUACCCCGGGCUGGCCACCCUCGCCGCAUCUGAGCCGGAGCUCCAUGGCAAUGACGGCUUCUUCCUCGAGGCGGCAGACAGCGCCGACAGCGAUGGGGACGGCGCGACAGUAUGCACGAUGCUCCGCGCGCACCUUCGCCUCUUCCCAUGGCAGGCGCACGUCUGGGCCAGGCUGGGUGUGUGCCAGGUGAAGGCCGACGUGCCGCUAGUGGCUACGCGACGCAGCGAGGCUCACCCUCUCCGAAUGUCGCGGCAGGCCGCCGAGGCGUGCGCCGACUUGGACGGCGAGCCCCUGCCCCUGACACGCCAGGCGGCCUUCGACCUGUACACGUCUGCGGCGGAGGAGCAGGGCCCGGCGCCGGCGCGUGCUUCCUGCGCCACGACGCCAGUCGAGCGGCGAGCACUCGAGAGGCUGCGCGAGAGCGAGGCUGCUCUCGAGCUGGCAGAGUGGCUGGGCGGAGCAGCCAGCGCCACCGCCGCGCGGGAGGCAGUGCUGUCCCUCCUCGCCCCGCCCCGUCUGUGUGCGACCGACGCCCAGGCGCUCGCCGACGGCGGCACUGCGCUGGUUCGCGCCGCGAUCGCUGCACUCGCGGACCCCGACCGACUGACCGCCCCCGGCGGCCCGUUCCGCAAGCUGUGCACUGUCCCAAAUCUGGUGGUGCGUGUCGAAGGGUCGGGGCCAAGUGCGACGUCGCUGCGGCUGGCCCUCGCGGGUCUGCGGGUCUGCGGCGUCGUGACGCUGGUGAGCGACCCUCCCAUGAGCGGAGCGGCGCUCGAGAGGCUGCAGGCUAGCGUGGACGCCGAGUUUGCAGUGGAGAGCGGCAGCUGCCGUGGCGACGGGGACGUGUGCCUGGCCGCUUCGGCAGAUUCGGUUACGGACCGGCUCGCACCUCGCGACCGCGGCCGCCUCGAGCUCAAGCUGCCGGCGCGGCCGCCGUUCGUGCUCGACGCUCCGAUCGGCGGCGGCCCCUCGGCGCUCCGACAGGUUGUCGGCUUGAUGCUGAGGCACCGGCACGUGGAGCUCGACACCUUUUCGGUGGUGCGCGCGUCGCCCGGCUCGGCCGACCAGGUGUGGCACAUGGACGUUGACGACCUCUUUCGAGACGAUGCAAACUUCCAUCGCGAUGCAGCCGGCGCCAACCUGCCUCCUGCGGGGCUGGUCGCGAUGGUGCCUCUCACCAGCCUUGAGCUCGGCAAUGGCAGCAACGGGCCGACCGAGUUCAUCCCUGGGUCGCACCUCCGCUAUUCUCUCGGCGGCGCCGGCGAGAGCGGCUUGUGGUGGCCGUCCGCGGUCGACCUCCUCAACGGGCGACCGGUCGACCCCGCUGCGUCGCUGUCUGCCUCCUUGCUACAGCGCGGCGUGCGGGACCAGCGUGGAAGGCUCUCCACCCUGACCUUUGCCGCUCCUGCCGGCGCCACGGUCCUCUUUGACAUCCGGCUCGCGCACCGAGGCACCGCCAACCGCUCGCCCCGCCAUCGCGACGUGCUGUACCUGUCGGUCGCGCAGCGCUGGUUCGCGGACCGCGUCAAUUUCAACGAGCGGCAAACAGGCGCUUGGCACGCCCUCGACCCGGGUCUGCAGAGCCUGCUACGCCGCGUCGACCACGAGCAGUACGUGCACGACCUCGAGGCGGAGGUUGCCCAUCUGCGCGAGCUAUGCGGCGGCUCGCAGGCAGCCGUAUGA